GGCGGCGGGAGCAUGGCGGGGGGCGGCGGGCGGCCCCGCUGCCCCCCGGGCGCUCUGCUGAGCGUGGCGGCCGUGGUGGUGGCCGUGGGAUGGGUGAGAGCAGAACAGAAGGAAGAGCAAUCUAUUGAUUUAAUUGGAAAGAAUGAAGUUUAUGGUGACACCAGGCAUAAAGUGAAUGUGUAUGUUAAGGUGUUCACAAACAGCCCAUUCCUGGUCUGUAUGGAUUUGGCUCUUUCUCAAGAAAGAAUAAUAGAUCCCAACUAUUUGUGGACGGGUCCAGAUGGAAGAGAUUUACAAGGGCAAAACUAUGUGAAUCUGACAGAGACAGGGAAGCUGAUGCUGAUGGGUUUCAUGGUGUCAAUGUCUGGUGCCUACACUUGUACUCUCUCCCACAAAGUCAUCGAAACCACAACACAGGAAGAAAUAGAAAUGGUUGAGGCCUAUAAAUUCAUGGUUUAUGCCUACAGGGAAGCUGACCAUGCCUAUCAGGUGUCUGUUCGCUUUAGCACCACGGGCUGCAGGCUGACAAACAACGGCUUGUUCAUCGAGGUUCUAAAAAAAAUCCUCAACAGCAGCAUCUCCCACCUGACCUGCCACAUCACAGAGUCAUCCUACAAGUGCCACUCCGUCAGGACACCAAAGAACGGCCUCCAGUAUGAGCUGUUUGUUAAUUUUCUAGUAAAUCCAUUUGCACCAGGAUGGGAAGAAGUUUGCCAGGAGAUUUCUUAUGACUGUGAAGAUGAGACAAACAGGAGAGUCCGACAGGCAGCAGAGCGAAUAGGGAAGUUUUUCCAUCAGCUGAAGCAUGUUUUGAAGUAUGAAUUUCAGGCUGUUCCUACAAUACAGUACGUGGACAACAGCUUCUCCAUGACUCCCAUCGACAGCUGUCAGCCAGGUUUUGGGAAAAACCACUACACCCACCAGAACUGUGCCAGCUGCUGUGUGGUCUGUGGUCCUGGAACUUACAGUCCCAACCAUGAGGUGAUAUGUCGGACCUGUGCCAGGCCUCAUGCCAGGAGAGGGAAUAUUCCAGAGGGAAGCAGAGAGUCUGCAGAGCCUCUUCCAGCUCCUCCUGCUGCAUCUUCCCCUUCAGCUGCACCAAAGCCUCGAGCAGGGCCCGGCUGGCCCCAGGUGCUGCAGGAACAGAUGACACCAGCUGUGAAUUCCUGACCAGUCACCGGAUGAUACAAACUGCCAAAGCACUGAGCUCAUGGGAAUGUUUUCUUCCCAGAGAGACCUCACCCCAACCCUCUUUGGAAGGUUAGCUGCUGGAUCUGCAACAAUCCAUCACCCUGCUCACAGAGUGAGUAAAGGUUGUUUGACCACUAUCAGGAACUUCAUGUGUGACUCCAACUGUUCCCCAGCCCCAGCUGAGCCUCAGCUCCUGGCACGUGGGCUUUCAGAGCUUCUUCCUAAGCUGUUCCCUGUGGGAGUUCCUACCUUCCAGACUCACUUUAUUGAGGGACAUCAGAGAACUCAGUUUCUUUGCACACACUGAGCCGUGGAAAGCAGUGCCCAGCUUCCCUCUUUUCUUUCACAAAGCAAAACUAAGUCAAGCAAAAGAAGCACCUCCCACUCAACCACCCCAACUUCUUACAACGUCUCGAAAUUCCUUGGUGGGUAUUCAUCCAAAAAUCGACCCGAUUCAACCCAGUUUAACUUAUCCAUAGUGACAGGAACACAGCAGGAGACAGCACGGGCACAGACCCCGCUCCAAGCUCUUCAGAGUCAUUACUUAUUAAAUACUAAGGAAUAAAGUGUGCUGUAAUGAGCAUUUCCACUGCCCUUGGGCUGAUUAGCCUCGCUGCCAACUGGACACUGUGCACAGCUCAGGCUGAGACAGAUGAAGCAGCCGGGCUCAGCGGUGCUGCCUGCUUCUCCUGGCCUAUUUCAGCAGGAGGAAAUGCCACAUGCAUCAAUUAUGAGGGGGAAAAAAGCUGGAAGUACCUACUAAGUGCUGUGGAGAGUCACAAAUGUACUCCCUCCUAAAAGCUCUUACAGCACCUUCACUUCUUCAGUGGGCUUCAAACUGAGUGGGAAAAUUUAAGUUGGAUACACAGAGGAAAUUCUUCUCUGUGGGGGUGGUGAGGCCCAGAGGAGCAGUGGCUGCCCCUGGAUUUGUCCAAGGCCAAGCUGGGCAGAGUUGGAGCAACCUGGGAUAGUGGAAGGUGUCCCUGCCCUGACAGGGGGUGCAGCUGAUGAGUUUUAAUAUCCCUUCCAACCCAAACCAUCUUGGAAUUCUAUGAUUCUAAAAGCAGAAAAAUAGCUCAAAUAUUUAUGUAUCACAUUGCAAAGGAGUUUGUGUCAGUGAUUCAGUGGAGUCUCAUAAAAACCUGACAGGAAGUGGCUUCUCUCUGACCUUUCCUGUGUGAAAGUCCUCUCCAUCCAGCUGGAGCUGGGUGCUCUGGGAUGGCAGCUGAGCCUUUCGUGGCUGACACCAUCCCUCACACCUCUCUCUUCCCUGUCACACCUUGGGAUAUACAAAUCCCUGUGAUCAGCUCUCACCUCAACUGUUCCCAUCCCUCUCUACCUCCCACAGCUGCAACAGCUCUGCAAGGUCUUUCCUCACUGCUUCCAACCCUCCUCAAAUCCUCCUCUUCUGCUUGGCUCUGGCUUUACAGGAGGGAUCAUGGAAAGCUGUGCUGUGCCUGAUGCUGUUGGUGAGGUGGAGAAACUCCACCACCCCUGUGAGGCUCAGCCCCUUGAACCCCACUUUAACCUGCCCUGCUCCCACAGCUCCGACCUCACUCUGUGCCAAGGACCAUCACAACACCUUGAGAACACCGAGGAGUCCUCACAAAUAAUAAAUGUAGAACUUCAAACUUCCUGUCCUCUUCUCCACACAGACCUCCUGGAUCUCAGCACGUACUGACAGCACACGAGAGCUUUGAAACAUCCACAAAUGGCAAAAAUAACAGGAAUAAUCUGCCAGCUGGAAGCUGCAGCCCAUUGUUUUCCCAUCAGAGCUGCCUGGAACAACCCACUUGAGAAACACUUAAGGAACACGUGUUCAAACAUCCACUGCAGGGCUGCAAGCAGUGAUGGGACUCAUCCAUCAGGUGACAGUGACACUUUGGCUCCAGUGGGAAAGUUGUCUUGUAACUCCCUGCAGCAGCUUCAUUAACCCACAAUCAAGAUGUUGCUCUAAAUUUCAGCCAAGAGGAGUUGAAGGAGCCACAGACCUGCCCAGGACACAAAAUUCAUGGCCCCUGCUCAGAGGUGAUGAGGAGAGGGGCUGUGGGGAGAGGAGGAGCAGUGCCCUGGGACUGGCACCUCCCAGGUACCCCUCACAGCUGGCAUGGGUGUGGUGCAGCCCUGGCUGAUCCAUCCCCAGGAAUUCCUCCAAGGACACAACCAGGAGCUGUUUUGGUGGAAAGGUGCUUGAAAGCAAAGCUUGACCAAGAGUGGAGGGUGUUCCAAGAGUGGAGGGUGUUCCAAGAGUGCCCAGGUGACACUGAAAGUGCCACAAAUACAGGUCCCUGGUACUUCCACAGAUGCUGAUGGGCCUGGGUCUUUUAAAAGGGGAAAAAUACCUGGAAAUACAACAUUUCCCUCUGAGAGUGAAAACUUUGAGGGUCACGAAAUGUUAUUAAUUGGUAUAACUUCAUCCUAAAAGAACAGCUGUUGGAAAAUGAUCCCUGGACUCAGCCAUGCCUGCCUUGGACAAGUGAUGAGAGGGAAAAUCACCAGGGAGUCUGGAGGGGAGUGCGUGGCUGGCUGAGCUCUCAACCACAGGCACAGGAAGUGCUAUUGUGAUUUUUAGCUCUGCUUCAUUUUCCUACCCACUGAAAUUAAAUUUUCUCCUGCCCAAGCCCAGUGACCACACGAUGUGCCCAGCAGCCUUCCUAAAACCACUGGUAUCAUCAGAUUAAUGAGUCCUGUGCAGGCAGUGAACAAGGAUGAUUCAUUAUUGGCAGCAAUGCAGCUGUACAUGGAUUUUUUUGGGGGUGAAAGAAAUAAAUAAGGUCCCUGAGUGAAA